AUGGCUACCGCGGCGAUAUUCUCAUCUCUGCGGCGGAGGAGAUCGCCGUCACUCGAGGCCUUUUUGGCUCCCGUUGACUUAUCCGGCGUCGCUCUUGUUCAAACCCUAGCUUCAAUUUCUACGGAGGUCGUCUCUUGUUUCGGCGGUAUACGGUUCUCGUUCCAGCGCAGGAACGCUCGCUCGCUGUUUCGUAAGAUUGAGAUCUUCGUCGUAUUGUUCGAGUUCCUCACUGAAUCAGGCUGGGGCUCAAGAAGCUCCGUCUCCUCCUCGACGGAGUUGCUGUGUCUCAAGGAGCUUUAUCUUCUCCUCUACCGCUCUAAGAUCCUCAUCGAUUACUGCGCUCAAUCCAGUAAGUUAUGGCUAUUGCUGCAAAACCCGUCGAUUUCUGGCUAUUUCCACGACUUGAAUCAAGAGAUUUCGACUCUUUUGGAUGUUUUCCCGGUCAACGAUCUCGGUCUCAGCGACGACAUUAGAGAGCAGAUCGAGCUGCUGCAGAGACAAUCCAGAAAAUCGAGGCUAUACAUCGAUAAAAACGACGAAACGCUGCGCGAGACGUUCUACUCGUUUCUCGACGGAUUUGAGCACGGGAAGAUACCGAAUCCGGUUGCUCUGAGGUCGUUCUUCGUAGAGAAAUUGGGGAUUAGGGAUUCGAAGAGUUGCAGAACCGAGAUCGAGUUUUUGGAAGAGCAGAUUGUGAAUCACGAUGGCGAUUUGGAGCCUACGGGGUCGGUGAUCAACGGGUUUGUGGCGAUCACACGAUACUGUAGAUUUUUGUUGUUCGGAUUCGAAGAAGAAGGGUUGGAGUGGAGGAUCGAGAAUCCGAAGAAACCCAGGAAAGGGUUCGUCGCGCAGGAGAUUGGGGACACAUUCAUAACAGUGCCAAAGGAUUUCGUUUGCCCAAUCUCUCUCGAUUUGAUGACAGAUCCUGUGAUUAUUUCCACAGGGCAAACUUAUGAUCGGAGCUCCAUCGCUAGGUGGAUCGAAGAAGGUCACUGCACUUGUCCCAAAACCGGGCAAAUGCUCAUGGACUCUCGCAUCGUUCCGAAUCGAGCACUCAAGAACUUGAUUGUGCAAUGGUGCACAGCGAGUGGCAUAUCUUAUGAGUCAGAGUUCACAGAUUCACCGAACGAAGCUUUCGCGUCUGCUCUUCCGACGAAAGCAGCGGUUGAAGCAAACAAAGCCACCGUCUCGAUCCUGAUUCAGUAUCUAGCAGAUGGGUCCGAAGCAGCUCAAACAGUGGCGGCGCGUGAAAUCCGUCUACUGGCCAAGACCGGGAAAGAAAACCGCGCGUUCAUCGCGGAAGCAGGCGCGAUCCCGCACUUGCGCCGCCUUCUCAAAUCCGAAAACGCUAUCGCGCAAGAGAACUCCGUGACGGCGAUGCUCAACCUGUCGAUAUACGAGAAGAACAAGAGUCGGAUCAUGGAGGAAGACGAUUGUUUGGAGUCAAUAGUAAGCGUACUCGUCUCUGGUCUCACAGUGGAAGCUCAAGAAAACGCGGCAGCCACAUUGUUCAGUCUCUCUGCGGUACACGAGUAUAAGAAACGGAUAGCGAUUGUCGAUCAGUGCGUCGAGGCAUUAGCGUCACUGCUUCAAGACGGGACGCCGAGAGGGAGGAAAGACGCGGUUACGGCGUUGUAUAACUUAUCGACACAUCCUGAUAACUGCAGUAGAAUGAUCGAAGGAGGAGGAGUGUCGAGUCUUGUUGGAGCUCUCAAGAACGAAGGAGUAGCAGAGGAAGCAGCAGGAGCAUUGGCUUUGUUGGUAAGACAGUCUCUUGGAGCUGAGGCUAUAGGGAAAGAGGAAUCAGCUGUGGUGGGGCUCAUGGGAAUGAUGAGAUGCGGAACACCGAGAGGGAAAGAAAACGCGGUCGCUGCGUUGCUCGAACUCUGUAAGAGCGGUGGAGCCGCCGUGGCGGAGAAAGUGUUGAGAGCGCCGGCGAUUGCGGGAUUGCUGCAAACGCUUUUGUUCACCGGGACGAAGCGGGCUAGACGGAAAGCUGCUUCGCUUGCUCGGGUUUUUCAGAGGAGGGAAAAUGCGGCGAUGAGGUCAGGCGGUUACGGGUUUGUAGGGAAUGCGAACGUGAAUAGAGACGGCGGCAGUUUUACGACGGAUGUCUCUGUUCCGAUUUCAAUCUCCAUCUCCGUACCUGUGUUGUGA